AUGUGGAGCUUCUCAGCGCACUCCCAUGGAGCAUCUCUUCUAAUUAUCAUCACCACUUCAAGUUUGCUUGGAGUUACGUUUGGUGGAGAAGGGUUUUGUUCAGCGCCCUCCAUUAUCGAUUCGGAUGCCGAUUCGAAGCCUUUGUAUUAUAAAGCGACCAAUCCUACUCUUUCUCCUUCUCAUCUGCAAGAUUUGCCUGGUUACACUCGCAGUGUUUAUAAAAGGGAUCAUGCCUUGAUAACACCGGAAAGUCAAGUGUUCAGUCCUCUACCUGAGUGGACUAAAACACUUGGCGCAUAUUUAAUCACACCAGCACUUGGUGCACAUUUUGUGAUGUAUCUUGCGCAGAUGCAAGAGAAAUCAAAAUCAGGAUUGCCCCCACAUGAUGUUGAGAGAUUUUUAUUUGUUGUUCAAGGAGCAGUGAAACUUACCAAUUCGUCAGGCAUAAGCGAAAAACUUACGGUUGAUUCAUUUGCUUAUCUACCUCCGAAUAUCGACCAUUCCGUGAAGUGUGACUCUUCUGCUACCCUUGUGGUUUUUGAAAGAAGGUAUGCUUCUCUGGAGAAUCAUCACCCCAAGCAGAUCAUUGGUUCGACAGACAAGCAGCCCCUCCUCGAAACUCCUGGUGAGAUCUUUCAACUUAGGAAGCUCCUUCCCAUGUCCAUGCCGUACGAUUUCAAUGUCCAUGUCAUGGAUUUUGAGCCUGGGGAGUUUCUUAAUGUGAAGGAGGUUCAUUAUAAUCAGCAUGGUUUGUUUCUCUUAGAGGGCCAGGGCAUUUAUCGUUUGGGCGAAAACUGGUACCCUGUUCAAUCUGGUGAUGUCAUUUGGAUGGCUCCCUUUGUACCGCAAUGGUAUGCUGCACUCGGGAAAACACGAAGUCGCUAUCUGUUGUACAAGGAUACGAACCGUGAUCCCCUUGAUCACUAGUAGUAUGUUGAUGCAACAUUAUAAGAUUACUAUCAUAUGAACACAGUGAACUGGUAGGAUUUAUUUUAGAUUGUUGAAAUGGAAUAGUGCAUUCCCCCUGCAGACCCCUUUGAUUUGAGUAACGUUUUUAAGGUUAAGCAUACAAUAAAUACUUGUUGCAAAUUUCAUAGUC